AUGGAGCUGCUGCUCUCCGACGACGUGCUCGCUUGCAUCCUCCGCCGCCUCAACCCGCGCAGCCUCGCGGCGUCCCGCUGCGUCUGCAAGGCGUGGCAUGAUGUCGUGGACGCCCGGAGCCUGCUGCGCGCGGACCUCCUCCCGCUCUCGGUCUAUGGGAUCUUCUUCGUGGAGGAGGUGAUCCUGAGCAGCAUGCGAUUCUUCGCCCGCCCCCUGAUGGAGCACAAAAUCGCCGUCAGAUUCGACUACCUGGACGAGGACGUCCCCCGCCCAGCCUACCACCAUCUGGAAGUGCUGGAUCACCGCAACGGCCUGCUCUUGCUCAGGGACUGGGUGGUUAACCCGGCGACCCGGCAGUGCACGCCCUUGCCCCCGCCCCCGCCUCUACGCGCGGGGAUGGAAGCUUUCUUUGACACCAGAUACCUUGUGUUUGAUCCCGCUGUAUCGCCGCACUACCAUGUGUUUUCGAUCCCUGAAGUCUCUCUCAGAACUGGUGAGCUGACCAAAUUCACCGACGAGACGGAAUGGCCGCCAUCACCGUACACGCUGACCGUGUUCUCCUCGACAACACGGAGGUGGGAGGUGAGGUCUUUUGUUCGAGAAGAAGGAGAAGCGGCCACACGGACUACCAUAGCCGACAUCAACUUCUCUCCUCGGAAGCACCGCUACGCCGUCUACCGGCGGGAUGCGCUUUAUGUGCAUUCCGAAGACGAUUCCAUUAUACGGUAUAUAUGA